AUGUCACUCAGACGCUCAGCCAGACUGGGCUCUAUCCCGACCAUCAAGACACCAUUACUGCAAAGCUCAGCUCCGAGCGAAGCAGCCAGAGUGCAACACAGCGCAGUGAGAAAACCUCGCAAGGCACCCACAAAGUCCAACAAAUCAGAUAAAAAACCCACGAAAACCAAACCAAAAACAGGAACCUCCUAUUGGUCCCCAGAGCCAGCAGUCACAGAGAAACAAGGAACAGACAACCAGCCCUCUCCCACUGACCCCACGAUAUUCAGACCUCAGACACCCCCUCCCCUCGACCGCCCCGUCGACCCGCACCGAACAAACGCAACCUUAAUCACCCCUCAUGGCUCAACAGUAAAUGCCUACCCAGCGCACGCAGAAGAUGUCUCCCCCUCGAAAACGGGCCUUCCACCACCAACGGCCACAACGGGGACACUACUCGAGAAAGCCACGGCGCACCUCAUAGCGACAGAUCCACGCAUCGCAACAGUGAUCGAGCGGAAUCCAUGUCCGCUCUUCUCACCUGCUGGCUUAGCAGAGGAAAUCGACCCCUUCAACAGCCUGACCAGCAGCAUCAUCGGCCAGCAAGUCUCUGGCGCGGCAGCAAAGUCUAUCAAGAACAAAUUUCUGACGCUGUUUGAUUUAACCGAGACCGUCGCGCCUGAUGGACAUAGACAUGCAAAGUUUCCAACACCGGAUCAGGUCGCCAAGUGUGAUAUCGCUACCCUACGCACGGCAGGGCUGUCACAGCGCAAGGCGGAGUAUAUCCAGGGUCUUGCGGAAAAGUUUGCUAGUGGAGAGCUUGGGGCGAGGAUGUUGGCGCGGGCUACUGAUGAGGAGCUUUUUGAGAAGCUUAUUGCUGUUCGUGGAUUGGGGAAGUGGUCGGUUGAGAUGUUUGCUAUGUUUGCGCUUAAGCGCAUCGAUGUGUUUUCUACUGGAGAUUUGGGAGUACAACGAGGCUGUGCUGCCUUUGUGGGUCGUGAUGUGAGCAAACUCAAGGGCAAGGGUGGUGGUAAGUUCAAAUAUAUGGCCGAAAAGGAUAUGCUGGAACUUGCUGCCAAGUUUGCACCAUAUAGGAGUCUCUUUAUGUGGUAUAUGUGGCGGAUUGAGGACGUUGACGUGGCUGUUCUUGGGGGUUAA